GCCCGGCCCGGCCCGGCCCCGACGGCGCCGCCCGCCACCGCCACCCUCCCCACCCCGGUCCGCCCCCGCGCCGCGACGGGGCGGUCGGCGGCUCCGCGCCCGCCGCCGGCAUGGAGGCAGCGGGGCGGCGCGGCCGGGCCGAGGGGCGCCCCGCCUUGGGGGUGCUGCGCCCCCCUUUCCUCCUUCUCCUCCUCCUGGCAGCAGAAGAUUGUCUGGCUCAGUGUGAUAAUGACUGCAAAGCUUACUGCUGUGAUGGGACUACUCCCUACUGCUGUUCGUAUUAUGCCUACAUUGGGAAUGUCCUUUCAGGCACAGCGAUAGCUGGAAUUGUUUUUGGUAUAGUAUUUAUAAUGGGAGUGAUUGCCGGGAUUGCCAUCUGUAUCUGCAUGUGCAUGAAGAACAACCGUGGGACUCGAGUAGGGGUCAUCCGAACUACACACAUCAACACUAUCAGCACAUACCCAGUGGCUCCACCACCAUACAGUUACGAAUAUGAAAUGGAAUACCCAGCUGACCUACCUCCACCUUAUACUCCAACCCCACAGACUUCGAUACAGUACCCCCCACCCCCUCCGUACCCUGGCUAUUCAGGGAAGUAAUCAUAUGGCUUCAUACAGAUAGCCUGUUGAAACAGCCAGCACCAUUGGGACAAAUAUUAUCGGCUCAGGGACAAAUAGGAAGGGGUCUGCAUCAACAUUUACUGCCAGGUGUUGAAAUAACCUGUGGGGGUUGCCAUGGCUCAGGAUGAAGAAGAAUACUGUCCACUCCAGACCAUCAUUUUUCAUGAUUAAACAUGUGACCAAAGAAACAGUUCCUGUAAGUUAGUGCCUGAUGGGUAGUGCUUAGUAUUAGUGCUUAGCUUCAGCUGCAACACGUUACAGCGUGUGGGAGUGGAGGUCUUCCCGUGUAAGAACGUGCAAGUCGUGCACAUGUUUCAACAAGCUGUUUUGAAAGCACAAGAGGCACCUGCUGGGGCUUAUUCCGGGAUAAAACUCCAACUACUGUUGUCAAGUAUGUGUUACAUCUUUCCUUGAAAUGAGGAGAAUAAGAAAGAACAAGGAAGACUGCAGCUAUUUUCAGUUUCUUCUUAAGUCUGGUAAUACCGAGUGACCAGCCGUGCAUAUUGGUCUGAUAAGCAUAUUACAAGGAGAAAUGCUAUCGGAGCUAUUCAGUAACCAAAAAAUUAUGGAUAUUAUCUUUGGCUGAGUGCAGGUUGUUUUAAGUGCCUUUUUUUAAACAGUUUGAAACUAGUUUGUUGCCUAAAAUAUAAACAAAGAGCAUUUUUAUAUGUGAAAUACUCUAAUUUAUAGCUGAUUUAUUUUACCUGGACUUGAAUACUGUAUACAUUAGAAAUAUGCUACAGUGCCUCUUUUAUCAGCAAAUGAUAACUUUGAUUUUUUACAAAAAUACUGCAUUGGGAAAACUCACAAAUGGGAGAAGAAAUAAAAACCAAAUAUUAAAACAUCA